AUGGCCGCUCCUUCCUCCAUGACCGGCCUCAUUGGCAUGUUCGACCUGGCCAUGGGAGGCGAGAAUAUGCCUGUCGGCGGAAGCAUCCUUCAAGAAUCGACAGAAGAGUCCGUGUUCGAUCCGGAUUUUCGUGUUGCUGUGGACCCGAGCCAGUACCAGGACGGUGGAAUCUAUCGAUCCAUAGUCAAGCUACAGAUGCGCUACGAUGGACAGGGCAAGGACAGCACUGGCUGGUACAUGGGUACUGGCUGGCUCAUCAGCCCUGAUAUCAUGGUUACUGCUGGCCACAACGUCUACAACUGGGCCAGUGAUGGGCUAGGCAAAGCAACAAUCAUCAAGUGCCACAUUGGUUAUAAAGGAAAGGAAUCCAUCGGAAGUCCUGGAGUCCAAACCCGGCACGCCAAGCGCUGUGUUACUUCCGCUGAAUGGCUGGCCUCCAAGGACAACCGCCACCGUGAUUUUGCCUUCAUCCAGGUUGACAAGCCCUUCACCGGCAAUUUGCGACUCUUUUCAUACGGAAAGACUCCGCCGCAUGGUUAUGAGAUGUUAGGCGUCGUGGGGUAUCCCGGAGAUCAGAGUAUUAAGGAUUCUUAUGGUCGCGCUGAGAGGGGUGCGGAGAUGUACAAGGAGUUCGACAAGGUGCAGUACGACCUCACAACAAGCAAAGCCAAUCCCCUGGGCAUGUUGACCUAUCGAAUAUCGACUUAUGGUGGACAGUCAGGGUCCCCAGUGAUCCGAGAGGGCACGCAGACUGGCAUUGCCACUCACGUCUACGGUCUUGGCGACAAGAACCAGGCUAGCCCUAUCACCGACUACGACAACUUCUUCAGUGCCUUCAAGCAGAACUUGCCCCAGGCUGGCGAGGUUGAUGGCAUUACCUUGCACAAGACGAUCGGAAGGGUUGGAGCUGAGAGCAUUCUUGGUGAUUCCUUCAACAUUGCUCAACCCGUCGGCAAAAGCCUUCUCGGAAUAAACGUUGACUCAGAGGGCAACUCUGACCAAUACACCCUGCGCAACAACAAUGCCAGUGAGCAAGAACAGAGCUUUUCCGAUGUCUUCAAAAACAUCAGCAGCGUUAUAAGCAACGUGGGCGAAGUCGUUUUCCCCAUUGUUGAGACUGCCAUGCUGGGCCAAGCUGGAGCACCUGUUGCCGCCAUUGCCCACGCAGCUCUGGGUGCCCUCGGAAACGCCUGCGAGUCGACUCAGGAUACUGAUUCCUCCAAAGUCAUGGAAGGCGCUCCAGAGCGUGGUGCCCUGGCAGAAUCAGCUCUGCAGGCCGUUGUGAAGCUCCAAAAGCACAACCCCAGCCACCCCGUGUUGCAAAAGAUCCACGCAGACAUGGCCCAGUCGUACGGGCAGGUCGCUCCAGCCAUUCCGCAACUGGCUGAGCAGCUGAAGCCAGCUUUGAUAAAGGGCGCCGCCAUCGUUGGCCAAACCGACUAUAUUCCCAAGAACAAGUUUCCUCGCAGCACUGGUGGGCAAAGACUGCCCAUCCAGAGCACGAUCCUGGGGGCGGAGUCGGCACGCGGGUUGAGCGACUUUGAGGAGUGUAUCUUGGGAGACACAAAGGUCGUCAACGGCGAGGAGGCAUUCUUCGAGAAUGUCGGCAACUUCCUCGCCGAGGGCCUCCAGGUUGCCAAGCCCCUCCUCCGGAAAGACGCCGUUGCUGGGCUCAAGGCCAUUGCGACCCGUCUCGCUGCGUCGCGCGAGCAGGAGAGCGCCCUGGACAGGGACGAGUCGAGCGGCGAGAGCCAGGCCGCCAAGCUAGUUGUCCAGAGGGCCGUCAUGGGCGAGUCUGCACUCCAGGCACUUCGCAAGCUCGACUCCCGCGAGCUCAACAGCCUCACCGUCCCUUCCGAGGGCGGAUCCGCCCACGAGGAGCCCAUCGGUGACUUCUUCAACACCUCCGUGCAGACGAUUGGCGGCGUCGUCAAGACCGUCGCGCCGGUUAUCCUCAACAACGUGCUCCCCGCCGUCAUCAAGGCCGUCCAGGGUUCAGGGCAGGAGUCUGCACCCGAGAGCAUCCGCACUGGGCUGUCCGCUAGGAAGCCGUCCAGAUUCCAAAUGUACGACGAGCACCAGGGCUCCACCCGCAACCAGGGCUUCCUCUCGGUAAGUGCACUCCUCCCUAGCCACGGUUUGAUGACGGCAGACCAUGUCCGUGAGGCACACGAGAUCGCCCCUCUCCCCACACGCGACUCGAAUGAGGACCUCCCGGUCUAUGAGGAGUACGAUUGA